UUUAUCCUUAAUAUCUUUGCACUGCUUAUUUAGGCAUGGCUGUGUUUUUUAUGACCUAGGGGACCACUAUUUUUGGUUUGCACUAAAUGUAUGUAAUGAAAUAUAAAACCAAGAAUGAAAUUAUGAAAUAAGACAGGGUUUUAAAUUCUAGAGUAUAGUAGCAUAAUGUCCAACUUUUCUUUUAAAGUCUUCUCCAUUUGUGCCUAAAUCACGGCACAAACAUACUCUGGCAAUUUUCCCCCCAUUUCAUCUCUAGUUAAUACGCGAGACAUCUUUACGUUGUCCUUAGCUGCAUUAGUGCAAUUACUUCCGUACUGGAUUGCUAAAAGGACUUGCGAGGAGCAAAUCAGGUAAUAAACGGCUUGCAAGCAAUUUUGAUCAUAAAUUGGCCAGCAGAGGGCAAUCCAAUGUCCAUUCCCCAGCCGGAUGUGUCGUCACAGCAGAAUUUCCUUUGUCCGACAUACACAAUUCUAGCCAAGAUAAUAUGAACUCCAUCAUAACAUGAUAUUGUGAAGAACUAUGAGGCAAUGGCGAGAAAUAUACUCUGUGUCCAACUGGAACAUACCAUAAGGCAACGUUGGCAGAAAGUGUUGUACAAGAGGCAGUCAUUUCCUGAUAACUAUGUGGAUCAAAGUUUCUUAGAGAAGUUGCGCAAGAAUAUCCAUGCACGCAAGUAUCAGUACUGGGCAGUGGUGUUUGAAUCUGGAGUGGUGAUACAACAACUAUGUAACGUCUGUGUCUUCGUGGUCAUCUGGUGGUACAUGGAUAUGGGCCUGUUGGCUCCCCAGUGGCUGUUUGGAGUUGGCUUGAUUGCUUCCCUGAUUGGUUAUGUACUCUUUGAUGCCACUGAUUCAGGAAUAGAAAGAAAUCAAAGCGGCCGGACACGAUGGGGAGAUCUGAAGAAUUCUGUGGUAUUUGUGGCAUUCACCUAUGGCUUCUCUCCUAUUCUGAAGACCUUAACUGAGUCUAUCAGCACUGAUACAAUUUAUGCUAUGUCUGCCCUCAUGCUCCUAGGACAUCUGAUCUUUUAUGAUUAUGGGGCAAAUGCAGCUAUUGUGUCCAGUACACUGUCCCUCAACAUGGCUAUCUUUGCUUCAGUCUGCUUAGCCUCACGGUUGCCACGGUCCUUACAUGCCUUUGUCAUGGUGACAUUUGCUAUCCAGAUAUUUGCCCUAUGGCCUAUGCUACAGAAGAAGCUCAAAGCUCAAACCCCCCAUUGUUACAUGAUAGCUACCUUACUCUUUGCUUUAUCUGCCUUAAUGGGACUACUAACCAUUUCCAGUGUUGGCACUGUUCUUUUUGCCCUCCUUUUGAUUGCCAUCUCAUGUUUGUGCCCUUACUGCCUCAUUAGGCUGCAACUCUUCAAAGACAAUAUCCAUGGGCCUUGGGAUGAAGCUGAAAUCAAGGAAGAUCUAUCCAAGUUUCUUAUGUAGACCAGGAAUCCACACUUUGGGGUUCAAUUCUUCCAAUUAUCCUAGUCCCAGCUAAUAAAUGUUUAUUAACUGAAGCAAUUAAAGCAAGCAGGAAUAAAAUACCUUUGAAAUGCCUGAGAACAAUUUAUUUAUAACCUAAUAUUUUUCCAAUAAAAGUGUUUUUUUUAA